UGGCGCCUAGGCUAGAAAAGAGCGUUGAUGCCGGCGGUAAAGAUGAGUCCUAGGCGGCGCUGCCUGCUCAGCGGGUCUGAGGAGCGGGUGCUGCCGGCGGCCUCUUUGCGGAGAUCUUUCUGUCAUUGAUCAUUGGCCCAUCCGAAGGCACGAGGGAAGCUCAUCCAUCAGCAUGUCCAAGUAUAAACUGAUUAUGUUGAGACAUGGAGAGGGUGCUUGGAACAAAGAGAACCGUUUUUGUAGUUGGGUGGAUCAGAAACUGAAUAGUGAAGGACUGGAAGAAGCUCGGAACUGUGGGAAGCAGCUCAAAGCGCUGAACUUUGAGUUUGAUCUUGUAUUCACAUCUGUCCUCAAUCGGUCCAUCCACACAGCCUGGCUGAUCCUGGAGGAGCUGGGACAGGAGUGGGUUCCCGUGGAAAGCUCCUGGCGUCUGAAUGAGCGUCACUAUGGAGCCUUGAUCGGCCUCAAUAGGGAGAAAAUGGCUUUGAAUCAUGGCGAAGAGCAAGUGAGGAUCUGGAGAAGAAGCUACAACGUGACUCCGCCACCCAUUGAAGAGUCCCACCCUUACUACCACGAAAUCUACAACGACCGGAGGUACAAAGUGUGCGAUGUGCCCGUGGACCAGCUGCCUCGGUCUGAAAGUUUGAAGGAUGUUCUGGAGAGACUCCUUCCCUUUUGGAACGAAAGGAUUGCGCCUGAAGUGUUGAGUGGCAAAACCAUUCUGAUAUCUGCUCACGGAAAUAGCAGUAGGGCACUCCUAAAACAUCUGGAAGGUAUCUCAGAUGAGGACAUCAUCAACAUCACUCUUCCGACCGGCGUCCCCAUUCUCCUGGAACUGGAUGAGGACCUGCGUGCUGUUGGGCCUCACCAGUUCCUGGGUGACCAAGAGGCUAUCCAAGCAGCCAUUAAGAAAGUAGAGGAUCAAGGAAAAGUGAAAAAGAGCUGAAAGAUAAAGCCUUUCCCUAGCUGGAUUUCCUCUAGCUAGACUGAAUUCUCUGGCUAGAUAGGAAUAGCUGCAAAAACGAGUGGCAUGCAGUGUGUUAUCGGUGCUGAUCUCUCACUCUCUCUUUCUCUCAUUCUCUUUUCCGACUUUUUCAGAGCUAGGCUGUGGGGUAAAGUUUGUAUAAGUAACUAAGGAACUUAGGUUGGUGCCUGAGUGCUUAUGUCAUAAGCCUUGUGAGUUAGCUAUCCCGAUAGCCCUAUUUGAAUUAGUCACUAAACUCGUAACCAGCUGGGGCUUAAUCAAUGUCAUAAGUUUCCAAGAUGGGGGAGUGAUCAUGUAGGUGGAGUUGAAGGUACUCACCAUCCAGUAGGUCCUUACUGAGUCCCCACUGACAGGUAUUACUUCUCCAAUAAGUAGUUCACUUUUAUACUUACUAAGACUUUCUGGGACGAUAGGAAAGGAUAUUAGAUACUGCACUAUACUUAAGUAUUUAUUGCUAGUCUUUUUCUGUAGGAAAAGGGAUGUUUUGAAAGGUAAGAUGAGAGGCCCAUUAAGUGGGGAAGCUGCAGAUGGGUUCCUCCAAGAAUGGCAGCAGUGCCCAGCGAGGUCCUCUGCCCUGCCUGGGGUCAGAGACCCCUCGUUUUGCAUUCGGUGGGAUCCCUCUUUGGCAGCUAGAAUUAGCGGUACAUAGGCACGUGUAGCUGUCGGUGUUCUCUCUUCAUUUUGUGUUUGGUUUUUGAGCCUUGAUCCUGGCGUUCCUGAAAUUGGCUUCCAAAUAAAGUUCUGUGACCAAAAAAUGAUAGCCCUACGUAUCUCUGUAUGAUUCAUAAAUAUUAGAGGAAGGUUCGAACUGGUCUUCAGCUCCUAUCUUUCUGUAACACUCAAAGAGUUGCAACUUUUUUCAACAUGUAGGCAACUCCUAAUUGUCUGUAAAUUGCAGGGUGGUGCCCAGGAGAAGGCAUAAUAGAGUGGGUGUAAUUUGAUUCACAUGAGCAGGGAAGUGACCUAUUGGAGCUUGUCACAUACAUUGGUUCAUCUACUGAGGGUUAUGAGUAGCCAGGGUAAGCCAUAGACAGAACCGAUUGCUUAUCAGUCUUAACGAUUCUGUUUUCCAUAGUGUAUUUUUAGAUAGUAUAGGUAUGUAAGUCAAUUCUUUAAGCUACUGCCUUAUUUUGAAGCACAUAACAUAUAUUUCAAGGAUAAAGUCAUGUAAAAAAUUUGCAGUUGUAAUAGCUGUUACAGAUACUUAACCAUUUUUUGUGGCUUUCCAUUGGUGGAUUAGCUUAUUUGUAUCCACAUUAUAGUAAAAGUGGCAUUAGAAUAAAACGAAUUCUAAAGACCUUUGCCACUGCUUGGUCUCCAUUUCAUCAGUCCUUAAAUCAAGACUCAGAGCACUGGCCAAUGAGGGGCUGAAAAAGAGAUGAACCCGGUUUGCUCACAGCCGGCCACAUCUGUGAUGCAUAAGGACAUGGAGUGUGGAUGCUUUACGUUUCUGACCAACCGCUGGCUUCCCUCCCAUAGUGCUUUUUAGUCUGGCAGCUUAAUCAAGCGACACCCUUUAGACUUCAGAGAUCAGAGUCAACUACCGGAUAUUCCUACCAUUCCAAACCUAUUGUUAGGCGGCAGCUCAGAGCAUUUUUGAACAGUUUCAUCUCUGGAACUGGUCUCUGGAUUUUGCAGCCCAGGCGGUGACCAUGUCCUCAUGCAGCUCAAGGUCCUAGAGUUGGAUUCUUCUUUGUUCUGCAUGUAGAUGUGUGUGCAUUUCCAGGUCCCCCCCCCCCCCGAGCGUGAUGUGCUUCUGCACACAGAGCUAUACUCAUACCCAGUCGCUUUGGGGUCUUGCAGACUUCCUCAGUAAGGGAUAAUUUAGGAUGCUUUUGGAUACAAUUUGGUUUUAUUGUAUUUGAGAUCUUGGCUGAAAUAAAUGAAGAGUCAUUUGUGACACUAUGUAAAAUAAUUUUUAACGACUCCAGUGCCUCCACCUUAGGUCACCUAGUGAACCUGUUUUCUUUGCAUAGUUUACAAGGUACUCAUGAGUUUUGAUGUAGGAAUCUUGAAGGCCACCUAACCUGCAUCCUAAUUUGGCGUCCUUCGGUUCUAUGUCAAGCCGGGACCAACAAGAAAAUAGGGAUUUCCAAUUUUAUUUUAAAUAAAUGGUAGACAGCUUGUGUAGAAAUCUGGUCCUUGGAGAGGGCAGUCCCUCGUGUUGCCAGGUCGGGUUUGCCCUGAAGCCAGCAAUUCAUGUCUCCUCUGUACAGGUGGAAAUGAUGGUCCCAGUGUGGGGAGGUAAGGGCAGUAGCUAGAUGCUACUCCUAGAGUUUCAGUACACUGAGAAUAUUUCUACAAGAGCAGAAGUUCUGCUAUAGAAAAUGGAGGUUCUUCACCUUGAGCACUGAAUUAACAGAGAAUGCAUUAACUGAAUUAAUGCAUUCUUGGUUAGAAUGCAUUACGUCACAUGUUUUUCCUUACUAAGAUGUGCAAGCAAAAUAGAACCAGAGACGUGGAAAUAAAGAACAAACUGACAGUGACCAGAGGGGAGAGAGGAAGGGAUAACGGGGAAAGUAGGGGAAAGGUCAAGUC